GUGAGCGUUAACCUGUGUAGUUUUGGUUAGUGAAAAUCCUUUUUCGAAUGAUGAAAUAAAUAUUUUCAUCAGUAAAAAUGAAUAACUUGGAGUUAUUUCAUCGCAAGAAAGUGCCGUUGGACUUGCAGGACGUCAUUUACGGCUUAUACGAGAAUGACUUUGUGAUUUACAUAAAAAAUAAUAUUCUCUACGUGCAUGAGCAUGGCAUCAUAACCUCAACUCAUUCGCUGGAUAAAUACAGCGAUAAAGUUGUGAAGUUGUACUUUAAUUGCUUGGACAAUAUUGUUGGUGUGGUGACGGACAAUGAAGUUGUUAUUGUGGAUCUACCUACUGGAAAAAUAGACAUUUUUGUACCGGGUCCAAAAAUAAUUUCAGCAGAAUGGAAUCCACAGGGAACCACAGUGCUUUUAAUCUACCAGAAUUACGAUGUAGCGCAAUUUUAUUCGAAUAUCAGUGAUUUGAAUUGGACCCCACAUGCCACGUCCAGCUUGAACGAUGAUGUUCCAAACUCAAUUUAUGUUGGAUGGGGACAUCAAGAAACCCAGUUUAAGGGACAUUUAGCUAAUGAUUUAUACGGAGAGGAUAUGGAGGAGGAAAAAACCACCUAUUCUCCUCCAACCAUAUCGUACAGAGGCAAUGCUGAAUACUUUGUCGUUAACUACUGGAAAGAUGGGAAUAGAUACCUGAAGGUAUUUAAUGAAGAAUGUCAGCCACGCUGGACUUCAAAACGUACAAAUGGUUUGCUUGAGCCAGUUUCCUUCAAAUCUGAAGGCAAUAUGAUCGCAGUGGCUGUUUCAAGACAAAAUGAAAGCAAAAUUAUUAUUUUUGAAAAAAAUUGCUUUCCUCGACAUGGGUUUAAUGCUGCUAGUUGCAAGGGCGGCAUAUUUGACGUAAAAUUCCACCCAUUCUUGGGCAUAAUAGCCGUCCACAGCAUUUUUAAUGGCGACGAUUUCCUCAGCAUUUACGCUUAUGCCAAUGGACACUGGCUUUUAAAGCAACAAUUAUUCUACCCGUCGCAAAACAGGAUCGUCAACUUCGAAUGGGGCACAAACUAUUACUUGAACGUUUGCGAACUCAACGUCCUAACAAAAAAAGGGCACGACUAUGUAGGAUUGAGAAUUGUUGUUAACGUGCACAACGGUUUGAGUAUCUGCGCCGUUGUAUCGGGGAAUAAAGUGCGCUUCACAGACUUCAACGAUUCGAUUGUACCGCCACCUAUGUGCUCGUUCGAGUACCCCAUGAAUAAUGCCGUUAACAUGGUGGUGUUCCAUCCGGUUUUGAACCAGUGCUUGCUGAUGGAUUGUAAGAUGAAUGGGGUUAUUUUGAAUUUGGAGAAAGCGGCUGAAGCAUUGGCUAAUUUUACUGUCAAAACUGAGGAGUUUUAUGGGUGCAAAGCAGCUUGGGUGGAUGACUAUUUAACCAUAUUCAUGGAUGAGGAAGUCGAAUUCACUUUGGAUGGGAAAUACCACAUGAAAGUUGUUAAGGGUUGCGAAGAAGAGAUUGAAUUGGGUAAACUAUUUAAAAAGAAAGCCACUGUGGAUGAUAUCGAGUUCACCAUCGAAAUGGGAGCAUUAAACCAAUUUUACAUAAACAAUAAAUUUGUGUGCAAUAAUGUUACAUCCUUUGAUAUAUUCCGGAAUUAUCUAGUUUUCACUACAAGCACGAACUUGAUUUACUCCGCAAAACUAACCCAACAACUUCUAAGGGACAUGGGCAACUUUAAGGAAGCCUUUAAGUUUUCUCGAGCGUUAGAAAAUGGCGGUACCAUUGUUUGCGUCACCCACAGCAAGGCCCAGACUGUUUUACAAAUGCCCAGAGGUAACUUGGAGUUGGUUUCAUGCCAUCUGAUGGGCAUUGAGAAAGUCGAAGAACUUCUUACACAAACAAAAUGGAAAGAUGCUAUUGAUUAUGUAAGAAUGGAAAAAUUGAACUGGGAUAUAUUGGUCGAUUUAAACAUCGAAAGGUUCGAGCUCGGCCUCUACGAUUUUUUGGAUGGGUGUGAGAAUCCAGUAAUGCUGACCACUGCUUGCUGCGAUAUGCAUUUGGAAAACACCAUGAAUCACAAUGAUGUACCCGAUUUGGAGUACUCCAAAAGGAAGAAGCAAAUAUUCAGAAAUAUAAUCGACUGUUUGGAGAUGUACGGUAGCUUUGGAUAUCUUACAACAAUAGUGGCAAUACUAAUCAAGCACUUCGAUUUGACUGAAGCUCUUAAACACCUAGCUUCACUCUUCCACAUGUACGAGGAGGAUGUUAAAGAUUGGUUGGAGCGCGCCAUAAACCAACUGAAGUUGCACUUCAACGCUAGCGAAAUUUUUAAGACCACUGCCAUGCUCUAUGACCUCGAGUUUCUCAAGUACGUGAUGAGGAUAUGCAAUUUCGACCCCAUGGAAUACGAGCUGAAAAUCCACGCCCUCAGGCAAGAAUCCGAGAUACGUGUACGUUACGAAAUGGCGACGUGGGCCGACGAUAAGAUCGUCGCCGUUGCCUAUUUGGUGAGAUUAGACAGUUUCGAUCUUGAUUACGUCACCAAGUACGUCACCAAACACCAGCUAUACGAAGAGGCUUACAAAGCUUGCCCGAGUGAUUCGCAGUACUAUUCUGAAAUCUGCCGCAUGUACGGCGUACAUUUGGGCUUUAAAGGCUAUCACGAUGAAGCCGGUUUCGUUCUGAAGCGUGCGGGUUUGCUCGAUCUCGCAAUCGAGCAAUUCAAGUCUGCCUUGAACUGGCAACAAGCCCUAAUUAUGGCGGAAAAGUUGAAAUUCACCGCCGAACAAAAGAACAGUUUGGUGGCCCUACUAGCUGAUAGAAUGAUUCAACAGGACCAAGUAAAUGAAGGUGCCAAAUUAUACGAAACGUAUCUCAAAGAUUACGAGAAAGUGGUCGACAUUUUUUUGGAGCACAAAAUGUUCCCCGAGGCAAUCAACGCAGCUUUAACCAACAAUCUAUACGAUAAAGUUUUAACUGCGAAAAUAAUGCCGGCACUGGAUGAUCACAGGAAGCAGUUGAAAAUCAAAAUUAACGAUCUAUUUAUAAUGUUCGAUCAAUAUUACGACCGAUUGGUGGAAGUUAGGUACAACAUGAAGAAGAAGAUGGAAGCUGCCGAGUUGGUGGGGGAAAACUUUGAAGCCGACAUGUACUCUGACGCUGAUACCAUGUCUACCAGAUCCACGACGUCGUCCAAGAGAUCCAACAAGUCUACGGCAUCCUCCAGGUUGCGGCGCAAAGAGGAGCGCAAAAAGAUCGACUUGCGCGCGGGCGGUAAGUACGAAGACAUCGCCCUCAUUCGCGCCCUCUACCUGAACAUCCAGGAAACCUUCGACUUGAACGAUCAACUGAAGGAUGUUUUUCUGCUAAUCGAGAAUGAGGAAGACUUCAUGGAAUCCUACAUGAUGCAAGACAGCCUCGCGUCCAUCCAGGACGUGAUGAUCGAUCGCUUCAGUGAUAUCUGGGUUAACGAGCCCGAGUCCGGUCAGCCAGAUUACGAUGUCGAUUUGCUCACCAGAAACUUUGAGGCACUUGAUGUGAAAUUCAGGCAGCCACCCCCAGUUAACGAAAAACUCCACGACUGGAAGACCUCCAUCUUCAAGAAGUAAUUGGCAAGGGAAUCGAUGUGUGUCUACAGUGUACACAGUCGAUUCCCUUGUCAAUGAAUAUUUUUGCACUUGUCAAGAUGUCUACAAUCGGAAAAUUGCGAAUAACCUUCAAAGGCUUAGUUUUAGUUUUUUUACUCAACAAAAAGAAUACUGUAGUUAUAUUUUUGUUGUACAUUUUACUUUGUACUAUUUUUGUUUUGAGUUGUCCAGUAUUUGAGCUGUGAGGAACCUAGUUCCACUAUUUAUAUUUUAUAUAUGUUAACUUUUUAUAAAGUUUAUGAACAUAGUAGUGUAAGUUUUAAUGUAGACGUAUUUUUCUAAAUAAAAA